AUGUGCAACUACUUCAAAAAUUACUACAUAUACAGCACUUGCCGUGAGCCCAAUGUGCAUUUCAUCCGAACAUCCAUCGAUGGAUCUAAAGAAAACCGAUGUAAUGAUGGUCCUCAUGAUCGAUUUAUUGUGGUGGUCGGCAAAUGUCGACUUUGUCGUUGA